AUGGAGCAGUCUAGCUGCAGGUUGUACUCAGGACCUCUGUCCCAGGCGGCCCAGAAGAUUCUGGCUGUUCUGCAGGUCCAGCGUAACUCCAACAAUCACAGGCCAAGUCAGCCAUGGUCCAGACCCCAGGUGUCUCACCAUGACUCCCCCAGUGAGAGGCAGAUCUCUGAGACCUCAGCCGACUAUCAGUACUCACAGACACCAGAAAGCUCCCUGUCAUCCCAGGCCGCCUCCUGUUCCUCCUCUUCCUGCUGGGAUCCCACACUCCGAAGGGAGACGUCUCAGAAUGAAGCCAGUUAUCAGUGCUCACAGGCAUAUUCCCACAGAACGCACUCCAAACCCCCUUCUUACCAGUCCAGCCAGGCUCCAUCAUCGAUUCAGUGUGAGGCAGAAACCUUCUCCCAUAGAGACAGAUACAACCUGUCUCUGCAAAAGACUGAAACUCUGACAUCCGACCCAAGAGUAAAGGCUUCCGGGAAGCUGAGCACAAACGAGAGGAUGCAGAUGCUUGAGAAGGCACAGCAGGCCAAGACACUGGUGCUGACAAUGGUGUAUCAGGACGGAACCACACAGUUGGACCCAGAGCAGAAGCUCCCUCCAGCCGUGUGUGGCCUCCUCUUGCUGAUGAUCGGGGACCAUCUGGACCGCAGCAGAGCCGAGGACUCUCUGGGGCCCAAUGACAGUCUGGUCUAUUUAAAACUGUCUGAACAAACACCUGCAUGGGCCCAGCAACACACCCCCCAGAGCCAGGAGCUCUUCACUAGGGAUAUGCUGCUACAGGUGCUUUCAAGACGUCAACUGGUGGUGUGUUAUAAAGCCAAGGAUUUGCUUCGUACGGCUCUGCAGUUUUACAAAGGAGAACUAACCUCGAAACAAGUGGCAGGCUGUCGUAUCCAGGACCCACAGGUGUCAGGUUGGCUGCUGGAUCCUGCCGAUCCCUCCUCUUGCUUCCAGGAUCUUCUCAAUAAACACUGCAAAAGAUCCAGAGCAACACCUGCCCUGGGUGCAAAGAGGGUUUCUCAGAUCAUCUCCAGCCUCUCAUCCCUCUACUGGCUUAACAUGGAGCUAUGCUCUAAACUGCAGAACCAGAGGCUGUGGGAGCUUUACUCCGACAUGGAGCUGAACAUGAUUCCUGUCCUGGCAGUCAUGGAGAGUCAUCACAUCCACGUGGACAAAGAGGCUCUGAAGAGAAUGUCAGACCUGUUGGGGACUAAGAUGAAGCAGCUUGAGCAGGAGGCCCACAGAGCAGCAGGACAAAUAUUCCUGGUCACCAGCAGCACUCAGCUACGAACAGUCCUGUUUGAGAAGCUGCGGCUCCACGAGCGCUGCGAGAACAAGAAACUUCCCAAGACCAUCAACACACAGCAGCAGUCCACAUCAGAAGCUGCAUUGUUGCAGCUUCAGGACCUGCAUCCUCUUCCAAAGCUCAUUCUGGAGUACAGACAGAUUCACAAGAUCAAGUCCACUUUUGUUGAUGGGAUUCUCUCAUGCAUGAUGAGUAAGAACUACAUUUCCUCGACAUGGUACCAGACGAGCGUUGUGACUGGGAGAAUCUCUGCAAAGCACCCAAACUUCCAGGCGUUGCCCAGACAGCCUCUUCAAAUCACCAAGAAGCAGUACAUCCAAGGAAAGGAGGAGGAGACGGUGACAGUUCACCCCCGAGCCAUGUUCAUCCCUCAGAAGGGCUGCACUUUCCUCGCUGCAGACUUCUGCCAGGUGGAGCUGCGUCUCUUAGCUCAUCUCUCCUCCGACCCUGAGCUGCUCCGUGUUUUUACCAACCCCCAAGCUGACGUCUUCACCAUGCUGGCCUCUCAGUGGAAGGGGGUUAGUGAGGGUGAGGUGACCUCCGAGGAUCGGGAACACGCCAAGCGCAUCGUCUACUCUGUUGUGUACGGGGCAGGCCGCGAGCGACUCUCAGGGAUCUUGGGUGUGAGUGCCCAGCAGGCCAGUCAGUUCCAGGACAGUUUCCUCCAGACCUACAGGGACGUCCAGGCCUUCAUCCAGAGGACCAUCCAGCUGUGCCACAAGCAAGGUUAUGUGUUGUCCAUCAUGGGUCGUCGGCGAACCCUCCCCAACAUCAACUCUCCAGAUUGGGGAAUCCGCAUGCAGGCUGAAAGGCAGGCUGUGAACUUCACAGUCCAAGGUUCUGCUGCUGAUCUCUGUAAGGUGGCCAUGAUCCGGAUCUUCAACCUGGUGUCCACCACCUCGCUCACCGCCAGGCUGAUAGCGCAGCUCCAUGACGAGCUCCUGUACGAAGUGGAGGACUCACAGGUGGAACACUUUGCAGCGUUGGUGAAGAGCACCAUGGAGUCCCUGCAGCACAUCGACCAGCUGGGCGUCCAUCUCAGGGUCCCUCUAAAGGUGGCGGUCUCCAGCGGGAAGUCCUGGGGGUCCAUGACUGAGCUUAAGAUCCCUUCAUCAUCUCCUUCUCCUUGAGUCCUUCCUCCUUUCUUCCUUGUUCAACAAGAUACUCGACUUUCAACCCUCCUUUCCCCUUCCCCCGUCUAUCUCUCUUGCUGUGUUCCCAUCUUCUCGUUCCACCUCUCUCUCUCUCUCUCUCUCUCUCUCUCUCUCUCUCUCUCUCUUCCUGCAUCCACGUCGCUAUGGAAACCAGGCAGCUCCUUCCACUCCAUCCGUAUCCGGGGCAACGGCAGGAGCUGGAUCGAACCGGUUCUUCUCUCUCUCUCUCUCACUCUCUCUGUCUCUCUCUCUCUCUCUCUCUCUCUCUAUCCAUCCUCUUCCCACUCCUCUCCUCCCCCGUUCUCACACUAUCUCGUUAAGACCAACACUGUUUUCUCUGCCUCGUUGCCAAGGUGCUCGAUGUUUAUCGGUUUUGUGAAUUUGGCUUUUAAAGCAGUUCAGCUACUGUACACGUGGAAUUAGUUGUUCUGCU